AUGCAAACGAUACAAUUGAUCAUUUUCGUCGCUUUCGUUCUAAGCCGCGCUGCUGCCUCGAUCUCUUCUUUCUCCGACCCAACAAGCAUUGUGAACAUCAAUCACGAUGCUAACCGUCUGUCUCGUGCGCUAGCUGCUGGUCAGAAUCAAACUCAGCGAUCUCUUCGUCAGCAUGAAGGUGAAGACAGAGGGGCCAUUGACAAGGCGGACGAGGUCGUAUCAAAGAUGAAAGCGUUAAUGGGAACUGCAAAAAACGUUCCGAACAAUCUGGCCGCUUUGAUCGCGAAAAGGUCAAAAACCGCUGGAGAAUUUGUGAGGCGUCCGUUUCUAGUGAGCAAAUUAUCCAAGAGAUACAACAUUGCUGACCAAUUAAGCUUCUCGACACUGAAGCAAUUGGACAAGAUCGACAACAUGAGGAUCGUGGAUAUCAAAAAUGGUAUUAAAGGCAAUAAGAAGACCCCAAACGGCAUGCGAAGAAAAAUCAAGCACUUUGAGGGAAUGAAAACGGCUCCUCAAAAGUUUCUAGAAUCCCACGUCGGUCGUGACAUGCAACGUUAUGGAAAGGAUGGAAGCCGGUGGCUAUCAGCCGGCGUGGUUACGCGGACAACUGAUCAAGGCGAGCGUCAGAUCUUAUUGAUAUCGAGCUCGAACCCGGCGAGAGGGGACUUUCUGCUUCCUAAGGGAGGCUGGGAUAGAGGCGAGAAAAUUAAAAAGGCGGCGUUGCGUGAGGUCAUGGAAGAAGGAGGAGUAUGUCGUGCUCUUUGA